CCUUAUACCAUCUUUUCGCCACAUCAAAUCAUCGCAAUCGUUGCAAUCGCAUCAUGGUCUGCUUCUUUCUCGGGAUUAUCUUCAAACAUCUACUUCCCAUCCAUCACGCCAAUCGCUCAAGAUUUACACGUCACUCCAGAAUUAGUCAAUUUGACAGUCACUCUUUACCUCAUCUUCCAAGGUCUUUCACCUUCCGUUUGGGCUCCACUUUCGGAUAUCAAAGGGAGAAGGACGGUGAUUAUUAUCACGUUCACGAUCUAUCUCGGAGUGAAUGUUGGUUUGGCAUUAACAAAAUUUUAUGCUCAACUUGCCGUUUUACGUGCCGUUCAAAGUAGCGCAAGUGCAAGUUCUGUUGCUAUUGGAGCGGCAAUCGUUGGAGAUGUUGUCGAUCGGGAUCGACGUGCAGGUUAUAUGGGUAUCUUUAACGCUGCUUCUUUGAUGGCAACCGCUCUUGGACCUGUAAUUGGAGGCGCAAUGUCAGAAACUGUUGGAUGGAGAAGUAUUUUCUGGCUUCUGGUUGGUUAUGGUGGAUCAUUUCUCCUUCUUGCCGCUGUUGGAAUGCCGGAAACUAUGCGAAAGAUUGUGGGAACUGGUAAUGUUCGACCGACAGGACUAGCACUUGCUCCAUUGUAUAGCAUUUGGGUCAAGAAGGAGAAUCAAAUCGUUCUAACGGAAGAAGAACGAGUGGAAGCCAAAAAAGCAAGACAUUUCCCUCUGAAGAACAUUUUUCAACCUUUCUUGCUUUUACGUCAUCCAAGCGUUGCUCUGAGCUCGGGUUAUAUGUCCUUACAUUAUGCUAUUUGGCAAAUGAACGUCACCGUAUCCUCGACGUUCUUUGCUCGUGAAUAUGGAUUGAAUCAACUUCAAGUCGGCUUGACAUUCUUGGCUAAUGGUGGAGGAACGAUGGCUGGAACAUUGAUCGUGGGUAAAUUGCUAGAUUGGACCUACGCAAGAGCCAACAAAUCACACCUUCGUCGUGAACGGUCGAAUACCAGUCAAGCUAGUGGCAAACCGCUGAACAUCGUCAAAGCCAGAUUAGGAUCAGCAUGGAUAUUUAGCAUUGUUGAAAGUGCUGCUGUUUUGGUAUUUGGAUGGACAGUGGAUAAACACGUACACAUUGCUGUUCCAAUCAUUGCUUCGUUUUUCAUUGCAGCAGCUUUGAUUGCCAUUCAAACUGCCGUUCAAACAUUCUUGGUAGAUGAAUAUCCUACGAAAUCUGCAUCUGCGAAUGCAAAUAUGAACCUGACAAGAUGUCUGCUUGCCGCUGCAGGUACGUCGGCAAUCUUGCCAAUGACAAACGGUAUGGGAAUAGGAUGGGCGUUUACCUUGCUUUGCUUUUUGCUGUUG